AUGGCAACCCGUGCGGGCUUCGGGUCAGCCGUUUCAAACUCCAUUCUAUUCCACGAGCUUCUCAGCCCAUGUGAGGUUAAUCAGCGAUAUCCAAUUGAGACUUGGAGUCGUCCACAACUUGAAGAUCGAUUUCAUAAUGCUACCGAGGAGGUGCAGAACUUGCAAAAGAAAGUUAAAGAUCUUGAGAAGCAGCUAACGACGUUCAAUUCUCGAUUUCGACGAAAUCUGCUGGAGCGCAAACAUCGCGAACAACAGGUCGUCGAACGAGAAAAAUACGAUGAUCUCGUUAAGGAGAACCAAAUUCUCGAGAUGAAGCUGAAGUCGGCAAAACACCAACUGCUUAUUUACACGGCGCCGUCCGCUCGUGCGAUGACGACGUCGGCGAUGACCGGAAGAUCCACUUUUCGGCAGCCGCCGUCAACACAUCGCCAGCGGCCCCCGUUUUCUGGAGUGUCGAUCGAUCGAGGAAUGCCGGCAUCGGGGAGAAAGCGAUCUGAAACGGAACUACUUCGACUGGGCACCGAUGAGAAAUUAACAAUUGUCAAACUGAAUAGAACGUUGAAGACAAAGAAUGACGAAAUUGCCGAAUUGAAAAGAACAAUUGAGAAACUGAAAGAAGGGAAAGUUCUAUCUCCUAGCAAAAGUUCGUCGGAAAACAACAAUGAGGAAGACGAGGAUGACAAAAAGUCGAUAGUUUCUGAACUUUCGGAAAUGUCGUCAGCAUCGUCGGAUCACACUCCUUCGCCGAAGAAGCCAAAGAAAGCCGCUCCGGAGCCAACGAGAAACGUCGAAAUUGCUGCCGAGAAAAAGCUGCUUGAUAAGCUGAGAAUCGCUGAAAAUGAUUUGCAAUUGCUGAAAAAUGAGAAUGAAGUUCUAAAAAAUGCCAACGAGAAAUUAAUUCAACAAACAUUGAACAAAUCGACCGAUUAUGGCGAGAAACAGAGUAUAGAGGACAAAAAGAAGGUUGUCGAACUUGAAGAGCAAUUGAAGGACACUGAGAAACGGCUCAAGGAGGCCGAACGACGUCAUCGGGAUUAUGAGAAGAAAAUCGAGACACUUCGACAACAUUAUAAAGCACAAACAACAACAACUGCGGCUCAGUCGAGACCCGCCUCUGAACCGAAGGCGUCUCAAAAUGCUCUCGAAGAGCCAUUAUUCGAAGAAACUGAAACUAAGCGGCGAGCAAGUCAACGGGAAUUGAUGAGAAUGCGUCAAGAUGAUGAUGACCUUCUUAGUAGGCUUCACUCAGAAGUGGCUGAGAUUCUGAAAUCGCAUGAUGUGCAAAUUGAAGAUGUCGCUAUUAUGGAUAGCGGUGAAGGUCUCAAGAAGCUUGCACGUUGGCAGAAAAUGUAUUCCGAGCUUUAUGAGGAGCUGGAGAAGGUGCGAAAUAUGCUGGUGGUUCAGCAUGAUAUAACACAGAAGCAGACAAUCGAGAUAUCUCUGCUCCAAGACGAAUUAACUCGCCUGAAAACACUUAAUGCUGAGAAAUUGAUGAAGGCGAAGGAAGUUUUAGAAGAGAAGCAGAAGAAGAUAUUUAGUUUGGAAGAACAAAUCCGGGCAAUUGCUUAUGCUGAUCAGAACGAGAUACCAAUUAUAUCCGCCGAGAAGUCUCUUCCCACUACUAAUACAGAUUUGUCGAUUCAUUUGGUAAAUGUUCGACCAUUGGCUGGAACAACUACGAAAUUCUUCUUUUCAUUGGAAUUUUUCGAUUUUCAACUUGAGACCACCCCAAUUGUGGAGCCGAAACAACAAAAAAUGGAUUUCACAACGGUUUACAAUGUCGUUGUCUCAAAUUUACUCAUUCAUUAUUUGCAAACGAAUGGAAUCACGAUUGAAAUGUAUAAGCCAGGCAAAGAUCAUUAUCAACUUAUCGCUGCUGGUACAGUAUCCCUCGCGCCGUUGUUAGACCCAAAAAUUGUUAACAAGUACUGCUCUGAAAUUCGGCUACGAUCAAUAGACACUGGCGAGGAGAUUUGCAUUUUGCAAUAUGAAAUUGAAGUGACUCAACCUUUUACGGAGACUUUCAAACGAUUUAGAAAAACCGACAUUGCUCGAACAAUGCUACCACUAGAUAUUGACGAAACUGAGGUUAAAGAAGAGUAUGAGCCGCUAACUGUGAUGGUAAAUAGGAUUCAGGGUCUUGAAACGAAAGGAAAAGAAUAUUGUGUCGUUUAUGAGCUGUUGUCAUUCUCGCCGUUCUUCACAGAUUUCUCUACGGACGUCGAAAUUUUAGCCAAACGAGAUAUAAGUAUACCCAAAACCGAAGCAACAAGGGAACUAUUUUUGAAAUCGAACAUUAGCUUUUACGUGAUCGAGAAUGUGCCAAAAUCGGAUGGCGUUCUUGCGAUGCUCCAUCUGCCCCUUUUACCGCUUCUGAAGACGGGCGGCGCAAUUAAAGGCACGUUCCCGAUGACAGAUGUCUCCGAAAAUGCUAGCUCAUUGUCAUUGGAUAUUUGUAUAAUGUGGAAACACGAAAUUCCCGCAUUUCUACCUGCUGCCUUUUCUCCUCCUACGCAACCUUCUCCACCUCCACCUCCACCUCUACCACCAGCAGUUCAAGAAGUUGGCGCGCUUCCUCCAAAGCGACCGUCGAAGCAAUUCGAUGUUAGUGUUGUUGAAGAAUUACCGGAUUCUCCACCGAAACCUGCUGAAGAACGACGAAUGACGCAAAUCGUUCGCACGUCUUCUGUUCAGCUUCUGACACGCGAAGAAUCACAAUCUCCUUCGUCAUCGCCAUCUCCUGGUAGAUCAGAAUCAACGCAGGAUGUUCUCAGCCCUCCUAGCAAGCCAACACCUCUUGUUUUCGAUUAUCCGUCAUACCCAUUUGCGAAUACCAAAGACGACGAGGAAGAGAUCGAAACAGUUUCGGCGAAAUCUGAAGACGUUCCGAAAAGUCCGCCGAAAUCAGAAACGCCGAUUCCAAUUGAAGAAAAAGUGUCUCAGCCGAGCUCGCCUGAAAAGCAACCCGAAUCGCGAAGUCCAUCGACACCUCCAACACAAAGAAUUGCCGUUGAUGAAGAAAUCAUUUCUGAGCAUUCGAUUCAUUCCGAAUCGCCCCCACAAUCGGCAGAAUCGAUGAAGAAUUCGCAGAAGGACGAAAUUCGAAGUCUUCUCGGCGUCCUUCCGCCAAUUGCGAAGCCACGCAAUAAUAUCAGUGAACAACAGAAAUCGGAUAAUCGAAAUGUGGUUUUCACGGAGCCACUGCAUCAUUCGAUUCCGCCAUCUGAAUCUUCGUCGACGUCAUCACCAAGACGUGCUGAAAAGGGUCCAGUAGCUCUUCCAGAAUUCGAAGGACAUGGUGUUAUUAAAAGUCUCCAACAGGAAUCACCGCCGGAUCCCACAAUUGAUCCAGCAAUUUAUGUAACGAUUCGAUUAGAGAAAAUCACGGUUGUUCAAUAUUCUCGACUAUUGAUGAAAUAUUUCGACGACGCCACGUUUUAUAUUGAUUGGGGAUUCUUGGAUAUUCCAAUUGAGACAACACGAAGUACCGGCUUCAAGUUACCGAGAGCUGCAGAAGAAUCGUUGGAUUUGGAUUUUGAAAAAAAAUUCAACUUAACUCGUCGUCAAGUGAAACUUUUGGAGCAAUGGAUCGACCUUAGUAAUCGCGUAGAUUUUACAAUAAUUGCUGAGAUGCCAGAAGAAGAAGAGAUUGGAGUAGCUCAACUUGUGCUUUAUAGAAAUAAUUCUGAUAAUUUGAAUACCACUAUUGACUUUCUUGAUGUGAAUGGUGAACAUCUCGCCGAACUACAACUCAGUCUUCAAUAUUCGCCAGAAUUAUUACAACGACUACGGUAA